ACCGUGACACGUGCACCAGCAAAGUCUACUGGGAACUUGUUGUUUACCUGCAUUAGACACGAUCGCGAACCGGCAGUCAUUGUCACACAAUUGGAAUAUGGCGGACCUUGAUAACACAAAUGGGUGUAUGACAAACAAUGGUUUAAACGAGAAAUCGAGCUCAGGAGAAAGUCUUAAAUUCGCGAAGAAAUUGUAUAUACACGGGGGAAACAUUUCAAACUGGAACAGAAUCAAAAGAAAAACCACUCCAAGUUCUUCGGAUGAACUUUCAGAAAGCAUUGGAACAACAUUAAGCAGUUUGCUUCCCACCAACAACAAUGAUCAGGAAUUUGUUCCACAAAAAGCCCUAAGAUGCAUAAACCAAAAGUUUGUGGAGAAAAUAGAAAGAGGAGAAAGGGAACAUCUCAAGAUUUCAGUGAAGAUAUUUGCCAUUGAACUAAACCCCGCCUUUGUGCAAGAUGCAUUAUUUAGAGCCAUGUGUGAGUUGGGAAUUGAUUUUGUGGAAACAUUGAUUCUGGCAUUGCCUGAAAUUCCAGAUGAUGAGCAGCUGUCAGUUCUGAAAGGUUUCUGGGAGGAAAUGGAAGUUUUGUUGGACAGUGGAUACAUACAUAGUCUGGGUGUUUGUGACUUGGACAAGAAUUCCCUGGAGAAACUUUAUGAAUGGUCAAGGAUCAAACCUGAAAUCAAUCAAGUUAAUCUUGCUUCAUGUUGUGUCAUGCCAAAGGAGCUUGUAGCAUUUAGUGAGAAACAUGACAUCCAACUCCUCACACAUGCUGAUCCAAAAGAUAUUCUGACCAAGGGGAGACUUGAGGAGGUGCUGACAGAGAGCUACGAAAAUGUACCGGUCCAGGGAUGGAGACCUGCAUGGGCCCUGAGAUAUUCAGUGCUGGUUAAAUGUCGUGGAGUCAUAAAGAACAAAGGGUACAUAGUCUUCUGCGAACAGGAUUAAAUUGUCUUUAAUUUGAUGUAUAACUUCCAAAAAAGCGAUGACUCCGGAAUAUGUAUGCUUGUCACCGAUUCUUGUACCUUCUGUGGUGUGUUUUAAGCGUGCACUUUACGCUCUGCAGAAAGUGAACAACAGCCUUCUGUGUCAUGUAAAUUAGAAUUAAAAUUUCGAGAUCUCCUUGUGCAUUUAAAAGAUUCAAACCUCCUCGCUUCUUUUCAGAACUGGUGAACAACUGUCGGACGUUUUUGUUUCGUUACUUGCUUUUAAAAUUUAAGGAAUGGGGACAGAAGUGAGGGAAUAAGCGUAGAGAAAUGUUUAUACAUGUACAGUCUAGCUGGGUAACUGCGAAGCCAUGGAUUUUCAACUACAAGGAAUGAGGUGUUUUGCUGAUGGAGAAUAUAUCAACUAUUUAAGGGCGGGUUAAAUUGUCGACAAACAGAUGCAGUGAGCGUAAAGCCAGGAACAGAGCUAAAAUAACUCUACAUAAAUAGAUUCUUGUGUUUGUUAAUAUACGUUUAGGGCUGAAAGGAGGUGGUUUGUUUUGCUUUGAACCUAUCCACUGAACGUCAAGACUCAAGUGAACAAUUCGAGGUAUUUUUCUUUCAAUUCAUUAAUUUGUUGCCACGAAACGCAAGACUCCAGAGUUGAUUCAAACGUUGCGGUCCGACACUUUUGCAUCUGAAGGAAAUUUAGACUGAAGUUUAGUUGUAAAUUUUUGUUUAGAUACUCCAUUGGUAUCAUUCCUCCGGAUUUAAGACGCUCGUCAAGAUUUAUGCGCACUUUUCGAGAUUUCAUACGUAUUUAUCAGUUUAACAGUAGAUUGGAUAGUAUAGGUAACUGGUCUGAAUAAAUAUGGAAACAUUUUAAAACUUC